AUGUUUUCAGCCCAUUCGGAAGUAUGCGGUGAGGGCGCUCCAGUCAUCGAGCAAGAGGUUUUUUUAGGAUGGCUGAGAGGGUGCCAUGAUCUCAUGGUGUCGAUGAAGUGCUUAGCUGAGAUUACUGAGUUGGUGCGGAAGCGAGGGAAGCAGGACUUGCCUGGUCUGCCGGUAAUAAUCAGCCCGGCCAAUUUGGCCGAGGAGGCACGCGUGCUUACCAGUCAAGCUAGGCUGGCAGGAUUACUGAGCGAGUAUGACGACCUGCUGGCCCCUGCCAUCGUCCUGGAUGAGCUGGAAACCUGUCACGGAAGUGUGAUCUGGGACAUGGAUACGCUGUCCAUUUCCUUCCGGAAAGUGAGGGCAGCAUUGAGAGAGUGGAGCAAUGCUUCCAUCGCAUUGAAUACUGGAAACAUAGAUUAA